ACCCUGUUCACAGCCUGUGAGCUGGGUGUGUUUGACCUGCUGGCCUCGUCACAGCGCCCCCUGUCUCUAGAGGAGGUAGCGCAGGGCAUUAGGGCCAGCCUGGAUGGGACUGAGAGGCUACUGGCAGCCUGCACCGGGCUGGACCUACUCAAUACACACACACUGGACGGACAGGGUAAUGCACACACACACACACUGGACGGAUAGGGUAACACUCUCUCUCUCUCUCUCUCUUUCUCUCACUCUCUCAUAUACCCCUCUCUGUGUCUCUAGUGAUAUACAGUAACACAGAGCAGUCCAGUGUGUAUCUGACCCAGUCCAGUCCAGUGUCCCUGACCCAGUCCAUCCACUACAGCUCCAAGACCAUCUACCUCUGCUGGCACUACCUGACCGACGCUGUGAGGUGAGUCCUCUCACCAGAGUUGUGUUCACCAAGGAGAACAUGUUUAGAUAUGAAUUGAAACAUGAACCUGAACUUGUCCAGUAAGAUUAUAAAAAGUUUGUCCCCCCAGGGAGGGCAGUAACCAGUAUGAGAAGGCGUUCGGUGUCAAAUCUGAAGAUCUGUUUGAAGCCCUGUACAGGUGACACACAUACACUACCGUUCAAAAGUUUGGGGUCACUUAGAAAUGUCCUUGUUUUCGAAAGAAAAAACGUGUCCAUUAAAAUAACAUCAAAUUGAUCAGGAAUACAGUGUAGACAUUGUUAAUGUUGUAAAUGGCUAUUGUAGCUGGAAACGGCUGAUUUUUUUAUGGAAUAUCUACAUAGGCGUACAGAUGCCCAUUAUCAGCAACCAACAGUCCUGUGUUCCAAUGGCACGUUGUGUUUUCUAAUCCAAGUUUAUCAUUUUAAAAGGCUAAUUUAUCAUUAGAAAACCCUUUUGCAAUUAUGUUAGCACAGCUUAAAACUGUUGUGCUCAAUAAAGAAGCAAUAAAACUGGCUGAGACUAGUUGAGUAUCUGGAGCACCAGCAAUUGUGGGUUCGAUUACAGGAUCAAAAUGGGCAGAAACAAAUAACUUUCUUCUGAAACGUGUUAGUCUAUUCUUGUUCUGAGAAAUGAAGGCUGUUCCAUGCGAGAAAUUGCCAAGAAACUGAAGAUCUCGUACAACGCGGUGUACUAAUCCCUUUACAGAACAGCGCAAACGGGCUCUAACCAGAAUAGAAAGAGGAGUGGGAGGCCCCGGUGCACAACUGAGCAAGAGGACAAAUACAUUAUGUCUAGUUUGAGAAACAGACGCCUCACAGGUCCUCAACUGGCAGCUUCAUUAAAUAGUACCCGCAAAACACCAUUCUCAACGUCAAUAGUGAAGAGGCGACUCCGGGAUGCUGACCUAGGCAGAGUUGCAAAGAAUGAUCAAUUAGCCUUUUAAAAUGAUAAACUUGGAUUCGCAAACACAACGUGCCAUUGGAACACAGGACUGAUGGUUGCUGAUAAUGGGCCUCUGUACACCUAUGUAGAUAUUCCAUUACAAAUCAGCCGUUUCCAGCUACAAUAGCCAUUUUCAACAUUAACAUUGUCUACACUGUAUUUCUGAUCAAUUUGAUGUUAUUUUAAUGGACAAAAAAAAUAAUUUUCUUUCAAAAACAAGGACAUUUCUAAGUGACCCCAAACUUUUGAACGGUAGUGUACGUACACACAUGGCUCUUCAUCUCUACUCUACCUUUACUCUCUCCCCUCUCUCUCCAUAUUCUCCUUCUCCUCCACACAUUCUCUCCCUCCCUCUGCUUUCCUGCCUGGAGAAAAAGUGUCAGUGAAGUGAGAAAAGUUGUGGAAUGGCCUUGAGCUUCACAGUCAAUCUAAUGAGAAUAGUUCCGUUUUAUGGUUCAGUGAUUUUCUAGUCUGAACUUUUCAAGGAUCACAUUUAUUUCAGAACAAAACACUCUCUUCCUUACUCUCUCUCUCUCUGUCUCUCUCACUCUCUAUCUGACUCUAUCUGUCAGUCGUUGUUGGCUGUGUGAGAGGCGGGGAAGGAGGAAGAGUAGGGAGAUGAGGGAGGAGGAAAAGGAGGAAGGGUAGGGAGAUGAGGAAGGAGGAAGAGUAGGGAGAUGAGGGAGGAGGAAAAGGAGGAAGAGUAGGGAGAUGAGGAAAAGGAGGAAGAGUAGGGAGAUGAGGGAGGAGGAAAAGGAGGAAGAGUAGGGAGAUGAGGGAGGAGGAAAAGGAGGAAGAGUAGGGAGAUGAGGGAGGAGGAAAAGGCGGAAGAAUAUGGAGAUGAGGGAGGAGGAAAAUGAGGAAGAGGAGGGAAAGGAGGAGAAGGAAUCAGAGUUAUGAAUCAUUCAGAGAGCAGUUUAUAUUUGCUAGGCACAGUUGUCUGAUACUGUAUGUGUGAAAAGAGGUUUGUGUGUUGGUCUGUGUGUGUCGUGUACAUGUGUAGGUCUGAGGAGGAGAUGGUAAAGUUUAUGCAGCUGAUGAACUCCAUCUGGAACAUCUGUGGUCGAGACGUCGUGACGGCCUUCAACCUCUCACCUUUCACAACCAUCUACGACCUCGGGGGUAAGGAGUUGUGUCUGUGUGUGUGUGCCUGCUAAAGGGGCCAUCUUGACAUAAGGAGAGAAGGUCACUGUGUAGAGUAGUGCUGUGUGUAAUAACUCCAAAGACCACAGGGGGUAGCUGUGCAGCCACAAGCUGAGGCUGAGAGGAGUUGAGCUCUGGCACACACGUUGUUGAAAACGAAAGAGGGAGAGGGAAAGAAAAAGUUCUGUGCGUUUUGUUUCCCUUUCAUUCUAUUUUGUUAUUUUCGCUUCUUUGAUUCCUUCUCUCCCCUGUCCUGUACUAUUGAACUGUUUGUGCGUGUGUGUCUGUGAUAUGAGAGUGAGUGUGUUCAGAAUGCAGAUUCCACUAAACAAAGUACUGAUCAAGUACACCCAACCUCAGGGCUAAACAGUCUCCCAGACAGGCCAGGUUUCUAUAAGUCUCUCUGUAGACACUGUCUGGGUGUAAACCCCACAUAGAGAUGACACAUCACAUCACAAACACACACCAGGGCUGGGCGGGCUCUCCUGGGACUCAGCACCUCAUUGGUCAGUUAAGGAUUAUUGAUCUGCCAAUUAGUCCUGCCCCCAGGUCUAAUGUCCGUCAGUCAGUAAUCAGUUUAUAGGUUACCAUUACAACAUGAUCACCUGGUUUACCCUCUCUGGAAGUCAAGCUGUUUAUUCCUGUGAUUAUAAAUACUAUAUUACUCAUCACUGCAUCUCUCUCUCCCUCUCUCUUUCUCUAGGUUGUAGUGGAGCGCUAGCCAAGCAGUGUGUGUUGACGUACCCAGAAUGCACUGUGACGAUCUUUGACCUCCCUAAGGUGGUGAAGACAUCCAGAGAACACUUUGUUACCGACGACAACCAGAGGGUCAGCUUCCAUGAAGGUAGACAACGCCUACACCGAGAGACAGCCAAUCAAUGACCUCAAAAAGAGCGAUGGGAGGAGCAGGAACAUGUUCUCUCCUAAGUUGUCGUUGUCUUUGACUGACAGCAUUGUGUAUUUGUAUGUGUGUGUGUGUGUGUGUGUGUGUAGGAGACUUUUUUAAAGAUGCACUGCCAGAUGCUGACCUCUAUAUUCUGGCGAGAAUCCUUCAUGACUGGACGGACGAGCGCAGCAUAGAACUACUGACCAAAGUCUACAGGGCUUGCAGACCAGGUACACACACACACACACACACAUCCCCCUCUCCUUUAGUAAUUUUCUCUGGUGAGAAAGAUCAGAUGCAUCUUGGCUGUGUCUCUCUCUGUGUGUGUGUGUGUGUGUGUGUGUGUGUUUUCAACGCCCAUCCAUGUCUGAGGACUUCCUGAGAUGACGUGGAAACUGCCCACUAGGGGCAGCAGUGAGCACUCUGAUUCCAAAGGUUGCAACUUCCAAUCCAGCGAUAGAAAGAUAUUUUAGUUUUAAGCCUAUCCCAAACCUUAACCCUUAUCUUAACCAUUCGGAGUUAAUGUCUAACCUCAACCAUUCGGAGUUAAUGCCAAACCUUACAAAUUCGGAGUUAACCCCCUAGAGUCGAUGUCCAAACCCCCGCGGAAAUCGAAAUAGCGUAAUAAAAUAAUAGUCCUAAAAAUCUGUCAGUUUAAGGUAAAGAUAUCUGUUUUUUUGCAUUGGAUAUGUCUCAAUUCACCGCAUCGCCUGUGGUGAAAGGUGACAGAGCUAGAGCAGUGUUUGUCAGACCAUCGUCUUCUCACAAAAUCGUCUGUAGCGUACGAACGAUUGUAUUGGGGCUCGUCUGAAGUCGGUACAGCCAAUCUGCCAACUUCUGUCUGUAGCGUUCGGUACCAGUUGAAAAAAUGAAUGGAAGUACUGUAUAUUGAGACUGUUUACUGCCCAAAAUAAGGGGUUAAAUACAAGUAAAGAAAUAAUAUUAAUGUUUCCUGAUCUUUCUUAGAUCUCUCAGAUAUAGGACACACACUUCAGAACAAACUUCCUUCCUUUUUUUUUUUAUAUACUUCAACGGGUCUUAAAAUUCAAAAUCAAAUAGCUAAAUGAUCCUUGGUAUGACCUUCUUAAAACAAUUCCAUAUAGCUUAGUAGAACCCCCCUGGCUUAGACAGGGCUUAGACUGUAAUGGGUUAAUGCCGGAACAACUUCGAAAAUUGACGUUUGAGAAACAUGAAUUAACGUCUAAUUCUGACGUGAGACUGUGAGAGCUGGUGUGUGUGUGUGUGUGUGUGUGUGUGUCGUUGUCUGUUUGUGUGUGUAUGUCCCAUAGCUGCACUGUCACAAAUACCACCCCUCUCCUUACUCUUCCGCACCCCCCUCGCCUCGGGUGACUGUGUCAACAACAGCAUCCUGUCAGACAAGCCCACAAGCAGCCACACACACACGCUCUGGUCUUGGAGAGCUCCGCUGUAGCCAGAGGCUUUUUACAUAACACAAACACACUCACACACACUGGCAAGAACAUAACACACACACACAUUCCGCAGAGCUGCAAAUGAGGAUAUUGUUUUAACCUUCAGCUCAACCUUCUGAUAGAAACUAACAGAGUAAGCAGCAGUCUGGGUAGGACAACUGAGGAAGAACACAUUGACUAACAUCACAGCCAGGCCAUCCUAGCCCAGAGCCAAAGAACGCACUCAUUAUUCAUUUGCUGUGUGUAUGUGUGUGUGUGUGUGUAGGAGGAGGUGUGUUGGUGGUAGAGGCGUUGCUGUGUGAAGACGGGUCAGGGCCUCUGACAGCCCAGCUGUACUCUCUGAACAUGCUGGUGCAGACGGAGGGGAAAGAGCGGACGGCAGCAGAGUACACUGCCCUGCUGACAGCCUCAGGGUUUCAAAACAUACAGGUGGAGAGGACAGGCAAGAUCUAUGA